AUGGCCGUCGAAAUCACCCCUUCCAAGCAGGCUGCCUCGGCCUUGAACUCCUUCAAGAUGGAGUCGCCCGUCAAGAAGCUGGACUUUGGCGCGUCCAACAAGGAGAACAUGCUAGACGUCGCGGCUUUCCACGCCUUGGGCAAGCAAGUCGAGUCCGAGCAGAAGCCCGAUACUGAAGAAACUGAGAAGGAGUCUUUGACUCCUUCUGUCGCUCCCGGCAUCAAGGCCGAUGAAAUCGACGAGCCACUCCUGCAGGAGAACCCGCAGCGCUUUGUUCUCUUCCCCAUCAAGUAUCACGAGAUAUGGCAAAUGUACAAGAAGGCUGAGGCUUCUUUCUGGACAGCCGAAGAGAUAGACCUGUCCAAGGAUUUGCACGACUGGAAUAAUCGCCUGAACGACGAUGAAAAGUAUUUCAUUUCUCACAUCUUGGCAUUCUUUGCUGCCUCGGAUGGCAUCGUCAACGAAAACCUGGUUGAGCGGUUCAGCGGCGAGGUGCAGGUUCCUGAAGCCCGUUGUUUCUACGGGUUCCAGAUCAUGAUGGAGAAUAUCCAUUCCGAGACGUAUUCUUUAUUGAUCGACACGUAUAUCAAGGAGCACGCGCAGCGAAAUUACCUCUUCAAUGCCAUUGAAACCAUUCCUUGCAUCCGUAAAAAGGCCGACUGGGCCAUCCGCUGGAUCCAAGACAAGGAGUCUAGCUUCGCCCAACGAUUGGUUGCCUUCGCCGCUGUCGAGGGCAUCUUCUUCAGUGGUGCAUUCGCGUCCAUCUUUUGGCUCAAGAAGCGCGGCCUCAUGCCCGGGCUUACCUUCUCAAACGAACUCAUAUCCCGUGACGAGGGUUUGCACACCGACUUUGCAUGCCUGCUGCACUCUCAUCUCAAGCAAAGAGCAAGCAAGCAAAUCAUCCAAGAAAUCAUCACCGAUGCCGUCACCAUUGAGCAAGAUUUCCUGACGGAGGCUCUGCCGUGCGCUCUUCUCGGCAUGAACUCCACACUGAUGAAGCAAUACAUCGAAUUCGUUGCCGACCGCCUGUUGGUUGCUCUCGGGAAUGAAAAGGUGUACAAGACAGCGAAUCCGUUUGAUUUUAUGGAGAAUAUCUCCCUGGGUGGCAAGACCAACUUUUUUGAGAAGCGAGUUGGUGAAUACCAGAAGGCCGGUGUCAUGGCCAGUACUUCCAAGAAGGUCGACGAGAGCAGUGCCGUCUCUGACGAUAAUGAAGUCGGCGGUGACUUUUCCUUUGACGACGACUUCUAG